UUUGAUGAGACUCAUUAGAGCGAUCCAUAUCUCUCUAGUCUCCAUGUGUCUCCACACCUUGCUUCUCGCAUUUUCUCUCGCCAGCAUGAAAAUUGUCGCACCACAUGCUAUUCCCUUCCAGUAUCCUCCCUAUAUAUAAACAAUCUUCCUCGGAAAAAAAAGCCACAAUCAAACAACAAAUUCCAAUCAAAAUUAGAUUCAAAAAAACAAAACAUUUAUUUUUAUUUAUAUUUUGUCUAAGCCAUGGCUAGUGAGCAAGCUCAAGAUCAGUUCAGGCUAGUAUCCCCAUCCAUAAACCACGAAGGAAAAUUACCACGAAAAUACACCGACGAAGGUCAAGGUGCAAAAAAGAAUCUUUCUCCCCCACUAGAAUGGUACAAUGUGCCGGAUGGGACUCAGUCAAUGGCCUUGGUUGUGGAAGAUAUCGAUGCACCGGACCCUAGUGACCCGAUCAAGCCAUGGACAUGUUGGGUGGUGGCUAAUAUGCCGCCGAAGUUGAAAGGUCUCCCUGAAGGGUUCUCUGGGAAAGAAGAGGAAGUCGGUGGUGAUUAUGCUUCUCUCAAAGAAGGUCAUAAUGAUUAUAAAGUCCCUGGUUGGCGAGGACCUAAGUUGCCCUCUCAUGGCCAUCGUUUCCAAUUCAGGCUAUUUGCUUUGGAUGAGCAGUUGAAACAUGGUAACAAAGUGACGAAGGAGAAGUUGCUUGAGGACAUUGAAGGACACGUGAUAGGGGAAGCACAAAUGACCACCAUGUUUUAACCCCAAAUCAAGUUAUUUGUCUAAAGUUUAAAACACGUAUAAGCUAUUACAUUUUUGUAUUUUCUUUUUCUUUUUAUAAUGUAUUUUGCUUUAAUUGCCUCCAAACAUGGGAGGUUUCAUAUGUUAGGCUGAUUUUGCGCCUUAUCAUGCAGACAUUAAUGUGAUUAAUCCGAGUGGAAAAUAUGCAUUUUUCUUUA